GGAGGCAGCCCAGAGGCAAAGGAAGGGAGGAGUUUCGCCCCGGCAGGCGGCUGUUUUCUCCCUCUUUCUCCCUCUCUCUCUUUCUCACUCCCCCUCUUUUUCCCCCCUCCUGGAGCCAGAAACGUCACCGCUGCCGUGUAACUGUAACACAAGAAGUGAAAGAGGGCCGAGGAAAGAGAAAGAGGCAAAUGGCUCAACUUCUAACCCUGAACAAAGGCGGCAGGACCUCGGAUUUUGUCCAGGCGACUCUUUAAAAUCAAGUGGGGGACUUGGAAGAGGAGGAGGAGGAGGAGGAGGAGAAACCAACCUCUCUCUGGGCUUUAUUUUUGGGAGAUCUCAGAAGGUUCCUUUUGCCAUCUCACUCAAAAGCAGCAGUGAAUGCUUGUAACCCAAAUGCCUUCUGGUGGAGGUAAAACCCAGAAAAAAGAAUGAAGACGUAAAGUCUCAAUCAGCAGAAACUCCUAGUUUCCUCGCCCAAACAGACUUAUUUUGAACAUUUGGACUGAUGUGGCUAUAGUACAAAUGGACUGUACUACAAGUCCUAACAUGGAACUGCGAAGACCCUCCAGUCCUCACAAAAUGCAUAAUAACGACAUGGACGCAGAUGGGGGUGUCUUACACAGCUGUUGCAUCUGUGGCAAAAGUUUUCCUUUCCAGAGCUCCCUCUCACAGCACAUGAGGAAGCACACAGGGGAGAAGCCAUACAAGUGCCCUUAUUGUGACCACCGAGCUUCGCAGAAGGGCAACUUGAAGAUCCACAUCCGGAGUCACAGAACUGGCACCAUCAGCCAGGAGAGCGAAGUGGAGAUGGGUGGGGAGGCACAGCUUAGUGAGACCACUGUUUCUGAAGGCCUCGAUGGUUGUACCAGCCCAACUAAAAGCACUUCUGCCUGCAACAAGAUACUGAAUGGAGCCACACCCAUAGAAGAUGGCAAGAUCUUGCUCAGAAGUAGCAAGAAAGAAACAAGGGCAGAGGCUCAGGUUGGGGAGGAGGGUAAGUUAUGUAUUUUCCAGUGCACCUUUUGCAAAAACAAAUUUGAAGGGAAAAAGGAAUUGGAACAGCACAUUCAUCAGGUCCACAAGCCUUUCAAAUGUAGACUGUGCAACUACAUGACCCUAAAACAGGAGACACUGCUAAACCAUAUAGAACGGGACCACAUUACCACUCAAAUUCCCAAUGGGAAAGUGCAUGCUGAGAAUAGCAAGAGUGAGUCAAGUGCAGGAGAGUUUCCAUGUGAGGUCUGUGGACAGGCCUUCAGUCAAACAUGGUUUCUCAAGGCUCACAUGAAGAAACACCGGGGGUCAUUUGACCAUGGGUGCCAUAUUUGUGGCAGGAAAUUUAAAGAGCCCUGGUUCCUCAAAAACCACAUGAAAUCCCAUGGCCCUAAAUCUGGGAGCAAAAACAAGCCAAAAAAUGAACUAGAGCCUAUGGCCACGAUUAAUGAUGUCAUUCAAGAAGAGAUGAUUGUGGCUGGUUUGUCCCUGUAUGAAGUGUGUACCAAGUGUGGAAAUCUGUUUACAAACAUGGAAAGCCUAAAAGCACAUAAUUCUGUACAUUGUAGAUCUCCAGGAGCCCAUGGCGAUCCUAGAGCUGAGAAACUAGUGGAUGGAGAUCUUGACCCAUGUAUAGCAAAGCAGUUUUUCCUCCAGUAUUUGAACUUGAGGCCAUCUGUAGGAGUAGAUGGCAUUCCAAGGCCCCAGUCAGGGAAGAGGGUAGCUGAGCUUGAUCCUGUUAAUAGUUACCAGGCUUGGCACCUAGCUACCAAAGGAAAAGUUGCAGAGCCUUCUGAGUAUGUGAAAUAUUUUGGAUGGGAUGAAAUCCUGGCUGAUGCAGAUGUCACUUACGACCGAGACAGAAGGGAAUAUAUACUAGUCAGCCAAGAGAAGCGCAAGCAAGAGCAGGACUCAUCCAGUUCUUCAAGUAAUCCGAAGAAGAAGAACUGUGCCAGUGGACGUUCAGAGAAAAGCAAUAGUAUGCAGUCAGGAGACAGCUGUAUCCUUGGCCAAGAUGAUUUAGAAUACAGACCUUCUUCACGGCAAAGCAGAAGGGCAUCACAGAACAAGUCCACUGAGUGCUUUGAAUGUGGGAAGAUUUUCCGCACCUAUCACCAAAUGGUGCUUCAUUCCCGUGUGCACAGGAAAGAACGCAGAAGCUUCACUGAAGGUGGGACAACAGCUCAGCAGGAUCGAUAUGGCUCAAACAGUGAGGAUGGUGAUUCAGGAUCUGUCAGUGGGCCAAGCACACCAAGUUCUGCUUCUGCACCCGAAGAUUCAGUCACUUCUGGAGUAGGGGAGGAGGGACCUGAAUACAGUUCAGAGGAACAUGAGCCAUCACCAUGUAAAAAGCCAUAUCUUUGCACUUUUUCUGAAGAAACUGUGCCCGAGGCAGCCCUACAGUUCAAACAUGGAAGAAGAGAAAAAAAUGCUAGUGAAUCUAAACUGGAGAGGCCAACUGUAUCCUCUACACCGGAAAGCAAGAUCAAAGAGUCGAUUCCAAAAUAUGUGGACAGCAAAUGUCCUCUAGGUUCAAAGAGGCUGAUAUUUCAACAAAGCUGUGAUGCCCCUUGCUCCAGUAAGAUGGUUCAAUUUCCUUCUAGCCAGAUAUGUUCUGAUGUGAGAUUGAAUUUGCAAACUUCUCUGGAGAUUCAGAAUAAGCCCUCUAAAGAGAAUUCUCCUGAUAUGAAUGAGCACUCUACACUUAAUAAAGAUAGUGAUGUACCAGAGGAGACUCCAUUAGAUCUCAGUGAGAAGUCAACUAGGGCUGAUUCAUCUAAUACGAAUGUUACCUCAACUCUGCAGGCUGCUUUGAUCAUCCAUCCAUGUCCUUACUGCAGUCAUAAGACCUAUUACCCAGAAGUUCUCUGGAUGCACAAAAGAAUUUGGCACAAGGUCAGUUGUAACUCUGUUGCCCCUCCCUGGGUUCUUCAAAAUGGAUUCAAAAGUAUGAAAAACAACUGCAUUUUUAUGACAAGAAGUGGGCGCACUGGACCCCCACCCGUUCUUGGUGGUAAAGAUUGCCAGCCUUUACCUAUAGCCAGAUUUGCACGUACUCAGGUGCCGAGUGGAGUAUCAGGAUCCAAGAGCAAUUCCUCGGGUCUUGGUGUAACUGCUAAGCAUGGGAGUAUGUCUAAAGAUGUACAGUCUACUGGUAGCUAUGGCCCACGGCCUUCAGGAACUGAAGGUUACAGGCACUCCAAGCUCAACCACACUCAUGAACAGUAUAGUACUGUAGUUCAACAGCCCCAGUUGAAAGCAAAAUAUGAAGUGAAUUCAAAGUUGAUGCAACCAGGAACCAUUACUAGAUGUUCCACACCUUCUCAGAUGGUUAUAUCUAAAGCCAGUUCACAGCCCUCCAACAGCAAACAAGCAGAGAAAUAUGCAGUUCCCCAAAUGAGUGCUGGGUAUGCCUCUUUAAGCAAGCAUUGUACCGCAGAACCAGGGAAAACCAAAAUUUUCUCUUCACUUCAGUUCCACCCUCCAUGUAAAACUGAGCCAUAUGUUAUCCAAGAAGAACUGGCAGUGCCUCUGGAAGAGCCUAAUAUCAAGAGAGAAAAUGAUGUGAGGGUAUUGACAAAUUGUAUGGUGGGAUCGAGAACAAGUCCUUUGACACAACCUCAACCUCAAAUUCAGAGUAAUGCAGCAGGUCCACCUCCAACUGUACAUUCCACCAAACAGGAGCCACCAUCUGAAGAACACCAUUUAGAUAUUUUAAACAUCUUUAAGACGUCCAUUCCAAAGGAACUUGCUACCCUCUAUCAAACAUGGGGUGCCAAUAGCCCUGUAGUGGACCAUGCUGGGAUGCUUAGGACACAAACACGCCAAGGAGACUAUCUCUGCAUAGAGUGUGGGAAGGGCUUUACUCAACCUAGCCACCUCAGGACCCACCUGAGGUCUCACACAGGUGAAAGACCAUUCCAAUGCAGAUAUUGUCCAUACAGUGCCUCUCAGAAAGGGAACCUAAAAACACAUGUCCAGUGUGUACACCGGGUGCCCUUUGACAACAGCCAGUACCCUGACCGACGGUUCCAGCAGCCGCUGAGUAAUUAUUCAAAUGCCCCCAUCAACGAACAGCUGGAAAACUUCCUUGCAGUCCAUCCAUUCCCUGGAGCAACUGUGUUAUAGUGAUGCCUGCGCUCUGUGUUUUGCUAGAAGAGUGAUGUCUCUACGCUGUUAAUCAUUUUAAAAUAAAUGAAGACGCUACAUAAGAUAUAUACAAAUUGACGUACUAAUCAGUCCCCGCGGUUUCAUAUUUCCUUUAUAAUAAACAGUGGAGUUGGCAAGCUUUGUGGCGGCACAAAGCAUCUAUAUUAAUCAAGAUAACUUUUUUAGACACUGGAAAAAAAUUAAACUUUAUAUAAUUUGGAGGGCAGCACUGCAACAAAAAUCCUCCCUUGUGGUUGUUUGAUAUGUUUUAUUUUUAUUUCGGAGGAGGGAAACAAACAGUGGAUUUGGGAAUGUGGGAAGGCGUGAUUAAUGAAACUGCCAUUGGCUGUCAUGCUGAGAAAAAAACCCCUACAACUCCCUUUUUUAAAAAUUUUAAAAAGAAAGGAAGAUUGCAAAAUGGAAGAGUCAUUCAGCACCGCGAAAGCCAAGCUUGAUGAAGGACAGAAGGGACUAAAGAGAGAAGCCAUCAUUCUGCAGUGAGGUGGUUUCAUGAUAGUUUGGGGACCGCUCGCAUUUCCAGCGGGCUUACCCUUGACUGCACACCAUUAAUAGUAUGUGAAUAUGGAAAUCAAAACACUUCUUUAAGAAAUGCUUCUCGUCUCACUUUAGAAAGAAAGGAAGCAGCUAGUCAAACACUAAGAAGAAGACAAAAAAUUAAAAUAAAUGAAGUCCUCACAGCCCAGACUUCUAUGGGGCUUUUCUGGGUUUUUGUUUUACUCUCAGGGCCUGUCUGUUUGUUUAUUAUGCCUUUUCUUUCUUUAACUGCUACUUUCUGUGACCUGAUCACAACGGAAAUGUUUGUGCUUUUUAAAAAGAAAUGUAAAAGGAGGAAGCAUAACCCGCCCCCCGCAAAAAUACGAGAUCAAGCUGUUUAAAGCUGCUGAUUUAUAUGCUUUGAAUAGAUGUUUUUAAAUUCAAAAGAGUUCAGGCAGACCUGGAUUCUUCUAUGGGACAGCGUGUACCCAUAUUUUUGUGGAGCAUGCUAGUUAUCCUUUUUGGGAUCUGGUGACAUAUUUGAGGAGAGUACCUUAUUGGUGGCAGGUCAGUGUUCAUCUAAUUCAGGCAUGGGCAAACUUUGGCCCUCCUGGUGUUUUGGACUUCAACUCACACAAUUCCUAACAGCCGGUAGGAAUGUUUUGGACUUCAACUCCUGAGUGUUUUGGACUUCAGCUCCCACAAUUCCUAACAGCUGGUAGGUUGUUAAGAAUUAUGGGAGUUGAAGUCCAAAACACACAGAGGGCCAAAGUUUACCCAUGCCUGAACUAAUGUAUAAUGUUUUGUACUUGGUAAUCACGGGGUGAUCAGGAGAGAAAAGAAACUUUAUAUACCUCUUCAGAAACUCUUUUAAAUGCAAGUUUUCAAAGUAGGGGGUGAGAAUGGCAGUUUGUUAACCAUAUAGUCUCUGCAGUUUAUUAAAAAAAUGUAUUCUACAGAUAUAAAUACUUCCUUUUCUUUUAUUGCUAUGACACGGUGUGAUGGUAAUAAUUCAGAGUUUCAGAUUUUGCACAUAUAAUUUUAUGCAUCAUCAUAAAAGAAAUGGCUGCCUUGGAAAAAAUAUUCUGUGAAUUUUUUGCAAAAAAAAGAGCUUUACUGGGUUUUUUAAAAAAAUGUAACAUUUUUAUAAAGGCAGACAAAGGAUUUUUUAAAACAACUAGCAUGCUAAUUAUAUUUUUCCAAAAAAAGCAAUAAUUUUACAUGUACAGAACUGGCGCUAGUCUUUUAAUACUGAUUGAGAGCAGCCAUUUACUUUCUACCAUAAUGGGAUAGUGCUCUUUUUUGUAGUACACAAGCUUCUUACACAAAGAUAUUUAAUAUGUCGUUCUACCAUUCUAAUUUUUGUUUCUGCCUCCAUUUGAUUUGGGGUUCUACUUGUUGCAAAUUAUUUGCUUUGCAGUUGUGGACAAUAAUGCCGUUGUAACAUUAACAUGUAAUGUGCUGGUUUGGGAUUUUGCUUUUGUUCCUCGUAACUCCUGCACCAGCUGUAUGCCAGCUGUAAUCCUGGUGUAGAUAAGAAUGUCUGUGCAAAUGCCUAUCUUAAGUGAUUGUAAUCAGCUCUCUUUUGAAGUUAUCGUGCGGAAAUUCGCAGAGACACAUUCCUCCUCCUUUCUGUCCUCCAUAUGCCGUUCCAUCCUCGUCCUUACCCCUAUCAUCUCGUCAUCUAAAAGAACAAUAGUUAAUUUUGGGAUUCACACUCAAGUACUCCUUUUAUUCCUAUAUCAAACACUUAUUUUUUCUUGUUUGAAUUAAAACAGGUGAAGAGCCUGAAAUUCACAAAGCUAGCCUCUGUGCUGGAUUUGUGUUCUGUUCUGCCCCAAAAGUUAUACCAAUUGUCAUCUGCAGUUAUCAUUAUGUUUUGUGGGUUGGUGUGUCCACACAUGUGUUUUUUAAAUUGUGUUUUCAGAGGGUGUUGGGUUUUCUAUUUUAUUUUAUCAUUUUUAUUUUAUUUUUUGCAAGCUAAUAGGGAAGGAUCGUAGUUAAUAUUUAGAAGUGAAACGCUCGUGCUGGAGACUGUUUACUUGAGGACUGUCAGACACUGAGAGAAGAAAGUGCUGUCACUGCCAUUACCAGGGUACUAAUCAGCAAAGUUUACAAUCAUAAUUUAGCUACAUGAAGAACAACAGCAGGGGAAAUCAGUUUAAAUAAUUAUAUGCUGUGUAUAGCACAAAAAUGAGAUUUUCACUUAAUUAAACAAGAAACAGGGAGGGAGGGGGGAAUCCUUCAUUAAAGACCAGCCAUUUCCACGUGUGAAUCCCAGGGUUUGUAAUUUCCUCCUUUAUCAUCCAUAUUGUAUCGAUUUGUUAAUUCAGUUAGACCCUAGUGCUUAGUAUGAUUUGUGUUUCUUAUUUAUUUAGUUCUUUGCGUUUCAAAUAGCCUUUUUUAAAAAAAAGGGAAAAAAGGAAACUUGAUAAUUUUGUAGCAUGACACACUUUGUAAGCCAUCUUCUGACUGUUACCAAGGCUUUCUACUACCUCUAUCGAUCUGUUUCUUUUCCUUAACAGGUUUUCUACAGUGUUGCCGUCUAAUGUACCUUAGACAAUAAAAGGUUUGAUUAUGAACACUGCAGAUGGUGUAUCAGCCA